AUGGACUAUGCGGAGAAAGCUUUUUUAGAGAUCGAAAUGCCAAAUGUGGUGUCUUGGAAUGCUUCGAUGGGUGGAAGUUUUAGUGGUGGAAAGGUUUUGCAGUUCUUUACUAGAAUGAGAGGGUCAGGUUUGAGACCUGAUCAUGUUACCUUGGCCCAUGUUCUUCAAAAUAUCAAAGAUGUUGAUCUGUUUUCGGCUCAGCAAAUUCAUAGUUUGAUCAUAAAGAUGAUAGGUGAAGAAGUGGAUGUGUAUAUUGGUGGUGCUCUUGUUGAGAUAUAUACAAAAUAUGGUUAUAUUAGAGAGUCUCAGAGAGUCUUUAAUAACAUCCGUGGAAAAGAUAUUACAGCUUUUAAUUUGGCAAUUCAAGGAUAUAUUCGAGAUGGGCAUGUGGCUGAGGCAUAUAGGUUAUUUUAUGCAGCUCUCCAGAUGAGUAUGGAGCCAAACCAAGCAAGCAACGUUAAAGUCACUAAUGAUCAGAACUGA